GGAGACCCACGCUCACCAGAACCAGAAACAACAAUGUCUCUCCUCUUCUCCCACAACCCAUCACUUCUCUUCGAGAACUCGGCCACCACCACCACGGCUACUUCUUCCAUGCUCCACUACUCUCCCCCUAUAUCUCUAUCUUUUUCAAUCCGCCAAAGAAGAAUCAAAUCGGCAUUCAUUCGGUUCUCCUCAAACAAUCCCCCAACAACCCCUGAAUGGAACGCCACUGACCAGACUGUCAACGACGACGAAGAAUCAGACGGGUCGCAGUUACCCACGGUCACAGACGAAUGGGGAGAGAAAUCUGAGCCGGAAAAUGAACCACCGACGAGAUUGUCAACCUCAGAUCCUCCCCAAAAUGAAGACGAGUGGGGAACCGGUGCUACACAGCAACCGGAGGAAGAAAUUGUUGUUGCCGGUAACGGCAGUCAAACUGUGGAAGUGACUGCAGCUGAGGAUAAUGGUAAAAUUGAAGAGCUGAAGAGGUGUUUGGUUGACAGUGUUUACGGGACUGGUCUCGGAUUCCGUGCGUCGACAGAGGAACGGGCGGAGAUUAUGGAGUUGGUGACUCAAUUAGAAGCGAUUAAUCCGACGCCGGCGCCUACGGAUGCUGUGGAGCUUCUUGAUGGUAACUGGAAUUUGCUGUACACUGCAUUUUCUGAGCUACUACCACUUCUGGCUGUGGGCUCAACUCCAUUGUUGAAGGUUGACAAGAUUUGUCAACAAAUCUCUACCACCACCCUUACCAUUGAUAAUUCCAUCACAUUCUCUACCCCUUUUGCUACUUUCACCUCCACUGCAUCUGCAAACUUUGAAAUCAGAAGUCCCUCAAGAAUCCAGGUAGAAUUUAAGGAAGGGAGCUUUCAGCCUCCAAAGAUAAAGUCAAAUGUAAGCCUUCCGGAAAGUGUUGACAUUUUUGGUCAAAAUAUAAAUUUGUCAGCUGUACAGCAAUCUCUGAACCCUUUGCAAGAGGCUGUGGCAAGUUUAGCGGGUGCCAUUUCAGGUCAAGCUCCUCUUAAGAUUCAAAUCCCAGGUGAAAGAACAAAAUCCUGGCUUUUAACCACAUACUUGGACAAGGAUUUAAGGAUUUCCAGAGGUGAUGGUGGACUCUUUGUUCUUGCUAAAGAAGGAAGUCCUCUUUUGGAUUAAUUAUCAGGGCGUAAUUGUUGCAGAAAUUGAAGCUUUUAUGAAUGAAUCUAAGGAGGAGGUUUUCAAAGCUUAUAAAAAAUUGAUAUAUAUAUAUUUAUUCGAUAGAGAUGAAAAUAAGUAUGGAUGUUGUUGAAAGGUGUAAUAGGUUUAUUUACUUUCAUAUGUAAAUUGUGUUGUGUAUUACUUUUUAACGGUGAAUUACUUCAAGCUCUUUUGCUAUAUGUAAACUCAUUUUGCCUUGUAUAACA